AUAACGAGCCCGAUACGCCAAUUCGGAGCCCGUACACAAUGCAACAACUCUGCAAUUAUAGUUAGACCCUUCCGCGCGUCAUACUCCCACCUAUCAAAUGCGACUCGCACAUUAUACUCGACUUAUGCACUGCGAUGGGCUCCAUCGAACGCUGGGUUGUUCCCCAGAGCCUCGGAAAAUUGGAGUACAGAGACGCGAGGAAGAGCGGGUGGGGUGAUCUCUGGACGGAGAAGUUAGAGGAAGUUUGUGAGUUAGUCAGAGGCGGCAGCAACAAGAAAGCGGAGGCUCCGGCUGAGAGCGGUGAUGAUGCCGGACUGGCAGAAAGUUUAGACACGAAAAGCCAGCCACCUAAUGGAAGAAUUUGAGUGUGGCCUACCCAUCAUUGACUGCUGGAAGGAAGGCGCGAUGCAAGACUUCUCUAUCCAAGAGACACCAAUGACCAGAAUGGUCGAGGCCGACCCUUGCGGCUAAAACAGCGAAGUCAGCCACAUUGACCAGAGGAAGCUCAGGGGUUCCUCGGCUAACUAUCUGAGAAUAGGACUAAACUCAACACUAUUUCCUAGGAACCAGAAACUUAGGUGAAGAAAGUGGGUGGCCUGGGGUUGAAUAAUUACCAUAAAAUGUUAGUAUGGGGGGUGAGGAGAGGGGAUGCUUGGAUUUAGAGUUUCAGCUUUGCUUACUUUUUUGGUUGCAGUAUGCUAGCUAGUCAGUAAUUCCUGCUGAGCAAUAUAUAUAAUAUACUUUGCCUUUUCGUAUUAGACUUUAUCUGUUCACAGGGCGCUACUAUAAUUGCAUGAGACUGUUGUAUCCGCCAUCAUGAACGAUCACUCGGUAAAAUGACUUUUCAUACGACGCUCUAUUAUGUACUUGCGCAGCGCAACUUGGAAGCCAGAUGAAUUCCGCAUUACACUACGGAUCUGCUCUACGCUUACCAUACAGGUGCGUAGCAU